GUGUUAAACUUGUUUGUUAAUAUGUUGUCAUUCUUGUAUGAUGAAGCAUCUUGAAAUUAGUGUGUGAGCUAGUUGUUGGAUCAGGUGUUUCGCUUUCAUCUGAAGUCGUCGAAAACCACCAUCUGCACAAACCUGAUUUUCACUCAACACGCCCUAUAGGGUGGACUAUCUUAUGUGCAAUACAGACACCGACUUGCCAGUACUCCACUAUGGAUUAUCAGGAGCAGAUUGAUGAAAUUGUGUCCACUGCCAAGUUUGGGGAUUUGAUUGAAUUCUCCUACCCCAUUGGAUACUCACACUGGGGGGUUUAUGAUGACGACGGACAUGUAAUCCAUUUUGCUGUUGCAGACGAGUCCAGUCUCAUGAGCAAUGUCCGCUCCUGCCUGCAAUCGGUGUUCCGCGCCUGCGGAGACCUGCUGCUCGGGGAGACCAAGAUCCGCAGGAUGCCCAUCUCCGAGGUGACUGUCCCAGAUGGAGCCCAUGUCCUCGUCAGCAACAACCGCCAUGCCUGCAAGCCAUCAGCCCCGGGAGACAUGAGGGAGCGCCGCGACGCCCUCCUGAACGAGCAGUUCCCUUACCGGCUCUUCACUUUCAACUGCGAGCACUUCGCCACGUUUGUCCGAUAUGGACAAGCCGUGUGCAACCAGAUUCCAGGAAAAAACAAAAACCAGGAGUGUGAGGAGGCGACAAAGAUCUUUGAAGACAUUGUCAUCGCCAAAGGAAUCACCCACGACCUCUUUAACUGGACCCCUGGCCAAAAUUAAACACCUCCAGGACAAAUAACUCAUCAAGUGAAAUGAAACUGAACUUGUGUCUCAGUUGCCUUCCCUGAAACAAAAUCAUGAUGUUGUGUGUGCAUGCCACAUUCGGGACUCCCUCCUUCAUCCAGCCCGUUUUUGUGACUGCGGCUGGGAUGUCCCUGUCUGUUUAUUUGGUUUCAUGUGCUUCAGUUUUACAAAUCUCAGGCUUCAUUCUCGCUGAUGGACUGAAGACUGCACAUCACAAGGAGGUUGGAAAUAAUGAAUGUGUAUUUGAUAAGGUUUUGUUUACUGAAAAACACUAUAGCUUACACCUUUAUAAUGUACCUUGUCCAGUUGAUUUUACAAGAAUAUAGUCAACUGUACCAAAGCAUAAUAAAAACUAGA